GUGCCGGGGGUUCGAGCGCAGACACAAUCGAGGCAUCCUCUCGCGCGAUGGUCAGAGGAGCUCCGAAAUAGAAGAAGAGUGGUUGUAAUUCAGGAAUCCAAGCCAAUUAUUUGUGAUUUUUAUAUAAAAUACAAUUUACGGUAGUCUGAAUUUGUGUAAGCUGUUUUGAUUGCUUAUAGCCUAUUUGCGCGGUACGUGUUAGGUUUUUAGAUAGCCCUCACCCUAUAUUCUCUCGCUCUCAUCUUUAUUGUUGUUGCCUACGGGCUUUCUUUACGCACAGCUCCAGUCCUCUCCGAGAAAAUAGACCCUCGCGUCGGAACAGCAUGGCCGGGUCCAGUCGCACCCACUGAGAGAGAUGGAAGCCAAGCAGCACUCCAUAAAGAGCCUGAAGAGCUACCCAGAGGCGGGGGGCCGGAGCCUGGCGGCGGCGGCGGGAGACGUCGGCGUUGGAGGUGGUGGAGGGUCUCGUGCCGGCUCGGCACAGAUGGAGAUGGAGGCAAACAUACAGAAAGCCAUUGACUUCAAGGUGGAGGGCCACCGCUGCUACAAGGAGAAGAAAUUCCGGGAAGCGAUAGGGAAGUACCACCGGGCUCUGCUGCAGCUGAAAGGGGUACAUUUAGUUGAUGGAACCUCGGGCUCCGAGGUCAACCUCCUGAGCCAAGCCGCGGUCAAGCUGACGGAGGAGCAGCGGAGAACUGUGGAGAUCACGGAGAUCGAGUGCUACGACAGCCUGACAGCUUGCCUCUUGCAGUCGGAGCUGGUGAACUAUGAGCGUGUGAAGGAGUACUGUCUGAAGGUGCUGGGCCACCAGAGGGACCACUUCAAGGCCAUGUACCGCGCUGGCAUCGCCUGCUACCACCUGGGCGACUACGAAUGUGCCCUGCGCUACCUGCGUGACGCCAAGAACCGCGAGCCCUCAGACACAAACGUGCUGCGGUACAUCCAGUUGACUGAGAUGAAGAUGAGUAGGGAGGGCCAGCGGGAGCGAGAGAGCGGCAAAGAGGCCCUGGGUUAACCUUUGACCUUUUGGCCUCUGUCGCUAUGGCCUACGCUACGACCCAUCCUUCAUCACCUCUCUUCUCUGACCUCCUCUCCUCCUUUAUCGAGCCCAGUCUCAUUGAUGACUAGCCCCAGCGAUGCGCUACAACCAUCUAAAAGAACAGGGCAGAAAAAGCCCUGUCUCUCCCUCUCUCUUCCCCUCCUUUUCUCCCUUCUUCCCCCAGGUGCUGUUGUUCUGUCCCCCAGAUGCAGACUGCCAAGCCAACAAAGAAAAAACGAAGCAAAGGGAAAUACUGUACUAUACUCAUACAAAACAGUCAUGGUUGUCCGAAUGAAAAAAAAAAGCUUCAAAAAUUAGAUGAACAAAGAACAUUGCAUAAUUUAGUAAAGGUGUAAUUUUUUUUAAUAAAGUAUAAUUUCUUUUUUUCUUUCUCUUUCGAUGUGAGGACUGAGGAGAGGUCCAGGGUUGGGAAGGUACCAGGGGAGGGCAAUGGAAGGAGUUUGGGAGAAAGGAUGAAGUGUGACACUUAUCAAGACCUUAGGCCAUUUCAACUGUACACCCUGCCCCUGCCCUAUUACAAUGGAGGUCUGAAAGCCACUGACCCAGACUGUCCCUGAGAGAGACUGUCCCCCCAGCCUCAGCCCGGCUAAAGUACAGAUCAGGCUAGCUAGCGCGCUACAUCUCUGUCUUUUUAAUAUGGAAUAAUCUUCAGACAAGCCUGCCUUUGCGUUCAAUCUAUCUUCUUUUUCGUUUUCAGCUCUUAGUAUCUUGUCUCAGUUUCUGGACUGUUUUGAAUUCAAGGGCUAAUUCAAGUGUUUUUAAUUUGUCCUAUGAUCGUUUUUUAUUUUGCUGUUGAUAUUCAUUGUACUUACUACUAUCAGUUGUUAUGAAGCUAAAUGUGUGACCUUUCUCUUUCUAAAGAACAAAACAAAACAAACUCCCCAACAGGCUCGCUGUUCUGCUGUUAACAGGUGUAUUUUUGUGAACUGGUGUCUUGAAUCUGUUGUCCAAUCCCCCCUGGAAUGUGUUGUGUUGUCACACUGUU